AUGCCUCACCCCGUAUCGCCGCCGAUAAUGAUAUCGAAGUCGGGGUCGGCCCCUCCCCCGCCAUUUGUCGAACUCCUCGAGAGCAUCUUCAACGCAAAGACUUCUGACGAGUCCAUCCAGCGAGCCUACGCCCUCUGCGACGAACUCCUGAACACGGUUGGCUACCAGGGUCUGAUUGAAUAUGGUGUCCUCAACAGGGUCAAGACUGGCGCCGCCAACAAGAAGAGCGGUCUCGAGCGCGAGUCUGCUCAGAACCUUCUCGGUGCGCUCCUGGAAAGGAUCACUCCCAAGCAGCGUCUGAGUGAAGUUUCCUUCCUCCGCCGUCAAGAUGGUGUGGUCGGUUGCGCUCUGGAUGCCCUCUCCGACAAGGGCGCCGUCGUGCGCGAUGCUGCCCAAUAUGGUCUCGAUGCCCUCUUCCGCUGCCUGGGCGCCGAGGCCCUCGUCGUCGGUCUACUUCCUGCUCUCACUGCCUAUCUCUCCAAGAAGACGGGCAAGUGGCAAGGACGUGUCGGCGCUCUCAAGCUGAUUCAGAAGAUCGCUGACAAGUCCAAGAUGGAAAUUGGAUGCACAAAGGAGGAGGCAUUGGAGAAGGACCUGCUUCGCGAGGCCAUGGGUGCCAAGCUUGCUAGUCUCAUCCCCAUUGUCGAGGGAGACAUGCACGACCUCAAGGCCGAGGUCGAGAAGCAAGCCGUUGCCACCAUGACAUCUCUCACCGCCCUGCUCUCCAACGAUGAUGUUGCCCCGAGAAUCCCUCUACUCAUCGACACCAUGCACCACCCCUCGACGCAGACCCUGCAAAAGGCUAUCCACGCCCUGUCUCAGACAACCUUUGUCGCUAUCGUCACUUCGCCCGUUCUUGCGCUCCUUACCCCUUUCCUGGAGCGUACUCUCAACAACCCAUCUACAACUCAGGAAGUCCUUCGCCAGAGUGUCGUUAUUACCGAGAAUUUGACCAAGCUUGUGCACGAUCCUAUCGAGGCUCGUACUUUCUUGCCUAAGCUGCAGCCUGGUGUCAAGAGUGUUCUUGACCGCGCAUCUCUUCCCGAAGUGCGUGAACUGGCUCAGCGGGCCCUCGACGUCAUGGACAAAGCCAUGAGCAACGACGAGGCCGUCGUCGAGAGAACGAGCGUGGAUGAUGUCUGGAAGGUUCUUGGCCCUGAGAUCAAGAAGGCUGUCGGUCCACUGGAUGUCAUUGCCGAAGACGAGCGUGUCUACAUUUGCGACAUGGUUGUUGAGGACGUCAACCACCGCCAGAUCCAGCGCAUUGAGGAUAGAAUUGCCCCUUACCUGAAGGACGCCAUGAAGAACGAGCCCAGUGAGCCUGUUGGCGCCGCAGUCCAGCAACACUUCCUCGAGGAGGACCAGCGCAAGUACGGAGUUCCGGAAAAGGAGGACGACGGCGAGACUGAGAUCGUCAACGCAGACUUCUCACUGGCAUACGGUGGUAUGCUUCUGCUUUCUCACACCAACCUGCGCCUUCUCAAGGGUCACCGGUACGGUCUCUGCGGCCGAAACGGUGCUGGAAAGUCUACUUUGAUGAAGAGUAUUGCCAACGGCAAGCUAGAAGGUUUCCCGCCCCAGGACGUUUUGCGAACAUGUUAUGUGGAGCACAACCAGGGUGAGGAUGCUGACAUCACCAUCCUGGAUUUUAUGGUCAAAGAUCCUACUAUUGCAUCGGAAGGUCGUGAACGUAUCUCGGAAGUCUUGGCCGAGUUCGGUUUCACUGCUGGCCCUGAAGGUCGCCAGUCCGAGAAGGUUGGGUCCUUGUCUGGAGGUUGGAAGAUGAAGCUGGCUCUGGCUAGGGCCAUGCUGCAAAAGGCUGACGUUCUCUUGCUGGACGAACCUACUAACCACUUGGACGUUGCAAACAUCGCAUGGCUCGAGAACUACCUCAAGACGCACACUGAGAUUACCAGUUUGAUCGUAUCCCACGACUCUGGAUUCUUGGAUAACGUCACCACUGACAUCUACCACUACGAGCCUGGCAAGAAGCUUGCCUGCUACAAGGGUAACCUGGCUGCUUUUGUCAAGGUAAAGCCAGAGGCCAAGGCCUACUAUGAGCUUGCCGCCACGACGGUGCAGUUCAAGUUCCCUCCUCCGGGUAUCCUCAGUGGAGUCAAGUCGCAGACUGCCGCUAUCAUCCGCAUGUCCAACUGUUCUUACAAGUACCCCGGCGCUACCAAGGUCCAACUUUCCGACGUCUCUUGCCGACUCACUCUAUCUUCGAGAAUUGCUGUCAUUGGCCCGAACGGUGCAGGUAAAUCCACCUUGAUCAAGAUGUUGACUGGCGAGACCGUUCCCACCACCGGACGCGUUGAGAAGCACCCCAACCUGCGUAUCGGAUACAUCAAGCAGCACGCCCUGGAGCACGUCGAAAUGCAUCUCGAGAAGACGCCUAACCAGUACCUACAAUGGAGAUACGCCAAUGGAGACGACCGCGAAGUUUUCUUGAAGCAGACUCGUAUCCUUUCCGACAAGGACAAGGAGCAGAUGGACAAGAAAAUCGAUCUUGGCGAUGGCAAGGGCGAGAGGCAGAUCGAGGCCUUGGUCGGUCGACAAAAGUGGAAGAAGUCUUUCCAAUACGAAGUAAAAUGGAGAUUCACGCUCCCCAAGUACAACACACAAGUCUCUCGCGAGACACUUCUUGAGUGGGGCUUUGACAAGCUCAUUCAAGAGUUCGACGACCACGAGGCAUCUCGUGAGGGUCUCGGUUAUCGUGAGCUGCAGCCCAAGGUCAUCUCGAAGCACUUUGAGGAUCUUGGUCUUGAUCCCGAGAUCGCCAACCACAACGAGAUUGGCUCGCUGUCCGGAGGACAAAAGGUCAAGGUUGUCAUUGCUGGUGCCAUGUGGAACAACCCCCACUUGUUGGUUCUGGACGAGCCUACUAACUUCUUGGACCGAGACUCGAUGGGUGGUCUUGCUAUGGCCAUUCGAACCUUCAGGGGUGGUGUCGUCAUGAUUUCUCACAACGAGGAGUUUGUUGGCGCCCUGUCCAACGAGCAGUGGCAUGUCAACGAUGGAAAGAUGGUCAUUAAGGGCGCCAACAUGCUUUCCCUCGAAGAUUCGCGACCGGGAUCUGGGCUGAACAGCGCUGUGGCUAGCACUGCAGCCAGCAGUGUUGUCAGUAGUGCGGUCAACAGCGGCGCUGAGGACGAUACGCCGCUAAAGUUCCGUGCCAAGAAGAAGAAGAAGAAGACCAAGAAGGAGCUCAAGGAGCAGGAGGUGCGGAGACGUUUGAGACACAUUGAGUGGCUCAACAGCCCCAAGGGCACUCCCCACCCCGCUGACACUGAUGAUGAAGAGUAA